AUGCCUUUUAUCUACAGUAAUACUAGCGACUCAUCGAGUCCGGCUUCAUCAGAGUCAAAUCUCAGUUUUGACUAUGAUGAUUCAGUUUCAUCUUCGUCCUCGAUAUCAUCGCCGGAGCCGUCGACACCACCACCUAAGCUGUCAACGACACCACCACAGUUGUCACCUCUACAACAAGAACUGUUGACCCCACAGCCCGAAUUACUGACCCCGCAAUCUGCCCGGUCGAGCCUGAAGCCCAGCCUCAAGUCACCUAAAUUGAUGCGUACAUUGUCGCACUCUAAGUCAUCACCAGCCAUUGUACGAUUCGUGGAACCACAACUGGUACCAAAUUUGGGAUACAAGCCGUCAGUGAAGCGACGGACUAUACAAGCACCAGAAUCCAUAAUCAAAAGAAUACCCAGUCCACUUCCGAUACCUCAGUUCCACAAUGGCCUCCCUUUCGCAAGUCCGACUGCGAGUUUGUCCAAGCAGAUCAACGGUUCUCAAUACAACUCAGCACCUGCACCACCUAAUUUCAGUCGUCCGAGUUCCCUUCCGGCCUCUCAUACUAUGUCCAUUCAAGCUAUCAAGAGACGAAUCAGUCACAAAUCGCUUGUACAGACAGCCUCUCAAGAGCUCGAUCCAAGAUGGGCGGGAAUUCCGCUACCAGCACAUUACAAGCCGCCAUCCCUUGGUCCAAAACCUCGCGGAGUGUCUUACGAGUCUUCAAAAUACAACACCUCCCGUUUUUCUACUCAAUCAGCGCCAGCUACUUUACAGGCAUCGGCAUUCUGUACCGCUCCAUUGGGCCAAUACAACCCACUUGAAAACUACAUACCAUGUCUAUAUCCUUCAUGCAAGGCACACUACACGCCACUACACCUAGGUCCAUCAUUUUACCUCGCCAGUGGCCCAUACUUCCUAUCUCAUCUCCACGCACACUGUCCUCGCCAUGCAGUCCGCGAGCUCGAAGAAGCCAACGCAACCCUCAAGCACGCCUACGAGAUGCUCCGCCAAAACGCGGGCCGCAAAACCCUCGGCACAGUCGCCGCGGAAUUCGAAGAACUGAAAGAAGAAUUCUGCGACGACCGCCGCAUCCACAACGCCAAACUCAUCCGAAUGCAAAAACGCCGCGUACUGGGCUGCCCAUCUCAACCCACUGCCACUACCAAGAGCAAUAGUAGCAGUAACCCCACCAGUAAACCUCAACAACGCCAUCACGAAACAUGGGACUGGCGCUACACCCUCCGCCCCUGCAUCAGCGCAACCUGCAAAACCCACUACACCCCUUACUCCAACCACCUCUACACCUUCUACCGCACCCCACUGCCCGGCACCUCUUUCUACCCGCAACAAACCUUCUGCCCCCGCUGCGCAAAGAAAGACAUCGACGACUUCGCGCUCACCGUCAAACAGAAGUGGGGUAGUCGCUGUGGCUGGGACCGCCGCGAGUGGCUCGAGUGGCUCUGCGAUCGCGUCAAGGAUCGCGCUAUGGAGCAGGAUUAUUGGGUCAAAGCUCAGGAGAGGGUUGUGAGGGAGAAGGGGCCGGCGAGGUGGGUGGGGUUGUUGAGGGAUGAGGUUAGGGUCGAGAUGAGGAGAGAGAGGGGGAAGGGGGGGUUUAGGAGGUGGGUGGCUAGUAUGGGGGUUUGA